UUGUCUGGAUUAACCCCAGGGAGGCUGAGCAUGUGAUGCCAGUGGUAGCAUGUUAUUUAGCAGUCAUGAUUUAUCAAGUUACUGGGAGUGGUAUUUGCAAAAUUUCCACAAUGAGAUUCGAAGAUGAUAAUUUAUAAUGCAAUGAGCAAGAGGAAUAUGAAGCCGUUGCUAGAAUAUGUAUGGAGGUGGCUGCACAGUGAGCUUAAAUUCAAGUUUGGUAUCAUAAGUUUUGUGCCUUGACGCCUUUAGGCUAUAGCUUACCGGAUAGCUCAUGAAUGGUUUUUUAAUCAAUUCAUCAUUUAUUGGACCCUUAUGAUCGUAUUAUUGGCCUCUAAUAAUAUUUCAAUCUCAAUUAUAGUUGUUCGACAAUUCUUUUUCUUUUUUUCCUUUCUAUUGCAAAAGAAAAAAAGAAGAAGUAAAGUGUGCUACCUCAAAUUUACGUAGAUGAAAUCGAUUGCUGACAUCUGUAUAAUUAUUUACCUCAAGUGUUUUCAACAUCCAGCUUGGAACAAAGUCCCGCCAAUCAGCCAUAAUGCGCGCUUCUACAAAGCUCAUAUCCUCAGCGCAUCCUACACUUAAUUUUGCUCACCAAACGCUUGAAUCUUUCACAUGGAACACCAUCUUAAGAUUCCACGUCCAAGCCUCCGUCCGGACGCAUCCCCCAAUAUCCGUCUACCUCCGCAUGCGCUACCAUGGCGUCAAGCCCGAUUUCCACACCUUUCCGUUCCUUCUCCAGUCUUUCCAUUCCCAACCGCACCUCGUAUCAGGAAAACAAAUCCACACCCAAAUUCAUCACUUCGGCCUCGUCCAUGACUCCUUUGUCCAAACGUCUCUCAUCAACAUGUACUCUUCUUGUGGUAAUUUCUCUUUUGCCCGUCAAAUAUUUGAUGAGAUUGCCCAGCCGGACUUGCCAUCUUGGAAUUCUAUCAUUAAUGCGAGUGUUAAAGUUGGGCUAGUCGAUGUUGCACGAGGGUUGUUUGAUGUAAUGCCUGAGAGAAAUGUGAUAACUUGGAGUUGUAUGAUAAAUGGGUUUGUGAAGUGCGGGGAAUAUAAAGAAGCGCUAGCCUUGUUUCGAGAGAUGCAGAUGUUGGAAGUGAGAGAUGUUAAGCCGAAUGAGUUUACUAUGUCUAGCGUGCUUUCAGCUUGUGGGCGACUAGGUGCACUUGAGCAUGGAAAAUGGGCUCAUGCUUAUAUUGAGAAGUGUGAGAUGAAAAUUGAUAUUGUUUUAGGAACUUCAUUGAUAGAUAUGUAUGCAAAAUGUGGAAGCAUUGACAGGGCGCGAUUGGUAUUCGACAAUUUGGGUUCUAAUAAAGAUGUUAUGGCUUGGAGUGCUAUGAUUUCAGGCUUGGCUAUGCAUGGUUAUGGUGAGGAAGGCCUUGAAUUGUUUUCCAAGAUGGUAAAUCAAGGGUUAAGACCUAACAAUGUGACAUUCUUGGCUGUUCUUUAUGCAUGUGUGCAUGGAGGUUUGGUUAGUGAAGGAAAGGAAUAUUUCAGGAGGAUGAGCGAGGACUUUGGUGUUAUUCCUUCAAUCCAACACUAUGGUUGCAUGGUUGACCUUUAUGCCAGAGCCGGUCUUAUUGAACAAGCAUGGGAUAUGGUGAAGUCCAUGCCUAUGACACCUGAUGUGCUUGUAUGGGGAGCUCUAUUGAGUGGAUCUAGGACCUAUGGAGACAUUGAAACAUGUGAAAUUGCACUCGAGAAACUGAUUGAGUUGGAACCCACUAAUAGCAGUGCCUAUGUCCUUCUAUCUAAUGUCCAUGCAAAAAGGGGUAAAUGGAAUGAAGUGAGGUAUGUGAGAGAUCUGAUGGAGGAAAAGGGGAUCAAGAAAGUUCCUGGCUGCAGUUUGGUUGAGGUAGGAGGCAUCCUUCAUGAGUUUUUAGUUGGAGAUGAUUCUCAUCCUGAAAGUAAAGAAAUAUAUUUGAUGCUGGAUAAGAUUAUGAAUAGACUGAAGAUGGAGGGUUAUGUGGGAAAUACAAGAGAAGUGCUGCUUGACUUGGAUGAUGAAGGCAAGGAGUUGGCAUUAUCCCUUCAUAGUGAGGCAGUUGCCUUCUGCUUUUUAAAGAUAAGACCAGGUACUCUAAUACGGAUUGUUAAGAAUCUUAGAAUAUGUAGUGAUUGCCAUGUCACCAUGAAGAUGAUUUCUAGAGUGUUUGAUCGAGAGAUUGUCGUCAGAGAUUGCAAACGUUUUCACCAUUUUAGAGACGGUCUAUGUUCCUGUAAUGAUUACUGGUAAACAGUUUACUUUCUUCUGGACUUUGCUCAAUGCAAAAAUAAAGGCAGGCUACCUUCUAUGCUAGUCAAACUUCUGGUGACUAAGAAAAAGGCACUUCACUACUUGGAGGAGCAAAAGUUUUUUAAGGAUUAAGCCAAUUCUCUAUGUGGCUUCCCUAUAUAUUGUGCGUGGGAUAUCACUAAGACCCAGAAAAGGAAUAAGGAAAACAAAAUGUGCCAAGAUUGAUUACUCGAGAUAGUUUGCACAUUGCGAAUAGGAUUAUAUGUGGUCUCAGCCGUUAAUUGUCCCUGAUGUCGAACUUCCGAGAAAAUCAUGUAUCACCUCUUGCGGGAUUUUUCGCAUGUCCAACAAUAUUGGAAUUUGUUGCUCCAAUUUGAAGCUUCCUGCAUGUUAUGUGAUGGAUUAUAAGUUAUGGGUCUCGACAAGUUAUUAUUAUGAGACAGUGGUGGAAGGUGCUCCUUGGAAUAUCGCGUUCUUAACAUGCAGAAGCCAUAAAAGGUGGGCUUGAUGACAGAGAAACGACAAAAUAUUCGAUGAAGAGACUAUUUUUCUUAAGCAUGGAGAUUACUAUUUUCUAAGGUGAUGGAAUGAAAUUUAUAUAUUGUUUGAUUAAAUUUUAUAAAAUUUAUAGAAUUUAUGUGCUUUGAAAGAAGGAAAAAUUAAUUUAAA